AGUGGCCACUCGAUUAACCGCAGUUUUUACACUGGCUUCAUUUUUCAGCACCGCUUGUUGUCCCAGAGGACACUCUGCUGUUUGUAUGGCAAUAAUGGAUACGAGGUAACUGCCUAGCGGUAAUGCGCUGGUAAUUACAGGAGAAACGCGGCCAGAUUGUCAAGUAUAUCACCAAGUAUCAAUCCAUAUACUGGGCUCAACGUUUAUUCCUGUUUUGCGUCUCUAGCGGUUUGUACACAGCUAUGGGUGGGCUGGGAAAUGGACGUCGUGGAGGAAGAUCUCCCCCUCUAAUGAUUGGCGCUCUAAUUGCCUGUAUCCUGGUUCUGGGCUUCAACUACUGGGUGUCAAGCUCCCGCAACCUGGAGCUACAGACUAAGAUGUAUGAGUUGGAGGGCCAGGUGCGACGUGGAGCAGCAGAGCGAGGAGUAGUGGAGCUGAAGAAGAAUGAGUUCCAGGAGGAGAUCCUGAGACAGAAGGAGCAGAUCAGCCACAUAGAAAGCCUCUACAAGAGACAGCUCGAAGGAUCUCAGAACACCUGCAGCCAGGAGAAGGGGACACUGCAGCAAAACAUUUCCACCAGUACCAAAACCAUACAGGAACUCAAAGGUAAUUUAAAUCAGCUAAAUGAUGACCUGGGGAAGCUUCAGAAGGAGCUGCAGAGUUGCCAAGGCAACAUCAAAACCCUCAACAACAAACUCACUUAUGACAUGACCCAUUGUCACUCCCAGGUCCUGUCCCAGAAGGAGUUGUGUGAGGAGAGAGUGGCUGCUGCUAAACUGGAAGUUCAGAAGAAAAUGGAGAAGCUCAUCCCUCCUUCAGGUGUCUCUUCACAGCAGGAAAAUGCAGUGGAUGGAGCAGCAAAAAAGGACAGACCAGUCAUGACUGGGGUUGAUGUAGUUAAAACAGCAACUGUUGUAAGCCACACACCGAGCCUCUCUCAGCCCAAAGGAAAUGAUCCACCUGAACUAUUGACCAAUGAGAUCAUCGUGGACAAAGGUCCUGAUGCCCCAGUGGACCUGCCUCCAGAGAAGGAUCUCUCCAAAGUAGAGUCCCAGUCUGUUCCCUCAGCUGCUGCAGUUAAGCAAGACAUUUUGCUACCACCAGAGGGAGCUGUCAAAACACAGGAGGGUGAGGCAGAGACCAGUGAACCUUUGAAGAAUAACCUGACUGAGGAUAAAUAUGUGGAGGUGAUGGAUGCUCAUGAAGAGGGCACUCAGACAGAAGGGGUAGACCCUGGGAUGGAAGGCAUGCUGAUUGGCCAGGUGACGGAAAAUGAGACUCCUAUUGGUCAGAAACGUGAGGAGCCGGAAGAAUAUGACGCAGACGAGCAAGUCGUGGGUGGACUCGAUUUGGAGAAACAGCAGCAGAGUAAACUGGCUGAAAAUAUAGACAAGGACAUGGAGGAGGAGCUGGCUGACUAUAAUGGAGAUGAUGAGAAUGAAGGCGAGUUUGAAGCAGACAAACAAGCUGAGCUUGCUCAAAUCUGAGGGCUGAAGUCGGAGAAGGAGCCUACACACGACAUAAGAAGCAGCACCCCUUAUACACCUCUGCACAACAGCACUAUACAGGUUAAUACAGCCCUCCUAACAGUGAAUACAAAUCAAACCCAAAUGGAAAUCCCUCUAAAGGUGCUGACAAACCAAGGAUAUCGUCUGUCGCCCUAGUUUUUGCAGUAUGCCACACACCGUCGCUACUCUGCGACCCUCGUCUCGGUUGGAAUCUAUCUGAUUGGCUAUUAUAUCAUAUAUCGUAUAUAUGCUAGUUGGCCGUUGACUGUAGUCUUUGCGGUGUGUUCAAGCGUAACUUUUUGGCCAAGACACGACGUGAGAAAACGUGAGGCGACGCCAGAGACGGCCUUCGUCGCCACUAGUUCUUUGCCAUCUGCUUCGUGUGUCAGCACCUUUAGAAAGACUUGUUACGUUUUCUGUAUUAGAGUAAAAAUAUUUACGACUUCAUGUUCAACUCACAAUAUUCUGAAAGAGCCACAGGAAAAAAAACUGAAAUAUGCAAAUGUCAGCCCAACAUGGUUUCUGAUCACAUGCAUUUAACUGUACACAUAAAACACCCAAGGAGGCUUUUAUGGUGGUGACUGUGCUUACAUUCAUUUCUGUAUAUUUAGUCUCAAGAGUUGACACCAGCUUGAAAAAUUUAACAUCUCAACAGCCCUGGAAAUCAGUGGAUUUUGAUGACGUGAUUAGAUGUGUUGUUUAUGUUCACUCCAUAAUGACUGUAACUUCAAUGAUAAAACAUAAGUGAUGAUGAUGUGUAGACCCUUAUAGGGUUAAGAGGUGUGAAAUGCUGUAGUAAGUGUAAAUGAUCUAAGUGAUCCCGAUGAUAGAACUCUGCAGCACAGGUUCAACAGCAUCUUGAACAACGCCUUAAGUUCCUCCUGUACACAGUCUCUCAUAGAAAGGAUGCUGACUUCGAGUCAAUGGCCAGGACAUUUCACUUUCACAUUUUCUCUACAAAAUGUCUGUCAGUGAACGCAAAAGAGGCUUUUCAUGACUGGAGCAAAUUAAAUAAAUGUGCUGAGAUUCUUGUUACUGCUAAAUCCAAUUGUGUCAUUUGGAUGCUGUACCCAGUCAAACAGGAAAAUGAAAACAUUAGCUUCUUUUAAUUCCCAUGUAGCCAAACAUGCUGUAAAAAGUAAGUUUGACUUAAUGACAUGCCACAAAACAAACGGGCAAAUUCACCUUCUUGGUUAUAUACUGAUGUAACUUUGUCAGGUAUUAAACAUACAAUAUAUUUGCUGUAACUGGACAUUUUUCAUCAAUGAGCAUUUCUGCGUCACUUAGUUGAUUUGCUUUUGCAUUUUAGUGGCAGCGGGGCCUUCAUUCUCAGCUAUAUUUUCAGACCAAAAAGUCACAAGGUUGAAUCGGUACUGUGCUCAACAUUUAGGAUCCGUAAGACAGAAAAUAUUUUGAAACACCAGGUAAAUUACUAGUGGUAUUAGUAGAUCAACAAUCUUAUUUUAUUUGCCUUAUCGAUUCUGUGUACACCAGUUUUCCCCUACGCUCUGAUGUGUCUGACACAGUGGAGGUUGGAUGUAGAGCCGGGUACAUGUGUACUGAUUCUGGACCUUUACUUUGUGGAUACAGCCUCUGGUCUGCUGAAUUGAUGGAUUGUAUAAUUUGUGAAGAGGACAUUGACUUGAAACAGGAACCCUGUGUUGUGCUGGGCUCCCGCAAUCUAGCAGAUGUGAACUACUCCGUAGUUGUGCUAAAAUGUAUUAGUCCAUUCAACUUAAAGCUGCACUAGACUGGAAAUUGUUUGGGUGAGCGCAAAACACAAACUAAUAUUAGAUACAGAAAUAACAAAAAGUUAGUCAAAUUUUGUGGCGGGAUCUUUUGUUGCCUUGUGUUUUAUACAGAACAUUAGCUUCAAUGAAGAUGAAUAUAUAUAUAUUUUUUUUAUUUAUUUACUUUUUUCAUGGAACAUUGACUGCUUGAACCCCAUGAACAAAAACUCUUAUCUUAACACCAUACAAGUGUUAACAAAACUUCAUCAUGCUUAUUUUUAGUAGACUAUUACUAUUAUUACAUUUUUUACAUUAGCUUCCCACCAAAAAGUAAGAAAGAUGGUAUAGUACAGUCUUUUAUAUGUGUUUCCUUGUAAAAUAAGUGUUACUUGAUGUCUUGGAAACUUUGAAAACUUAACUGUGAUUUAAAAACACGUGUUUGUUAUAUUGGACACGAUAAAGACUAAAAUACUGGGAACAACAUUUCAGUGCAAAGUCAGGUAAUCAGGUAACUUUUCCUUUUUAGGAACACAAAUUUAAAAAAAAAUAGUGGUUUAUGAUACAAACGUUUUCCAGUGAGUUCAUAUUAUUGUCUCAAAUUUCAAAUUAUUGUCCCAAAAAAAAAAACUGGGGCCAUGAUGGCUCAUGUUUCACAGAGCAGAUGACAGAUUAAUAUGACUAAGAUAGAUUGAUGGAAAGCCUUUGACACGGAGCGUCCAAACCAGUCGCACACCAGCACUCCUGUUUAAACAAAUUAACAUGGACUCUCAUUUAUUUCAGAGUGUCUUUUGUUUCCCCUUUGGUCAAUCUCACAGGAGAAAUGGGGUUCCAGAUUGUUAUGUUUUAUUUUAAAUGUUGCCGUUAUUCAUUGUUGAUUUUGUUGUCUGACACUGCAAAAACUUGGGACAACUACUGCUUUGUUUUGUCAGAAAGCUUUGUCUGCUCAUUUCUGUACAUUUUCAAGUCUGUGUAUCUUGAGAGAAAAUGGUUUAGAAUUUGUAUAAGUUGGAUUCACCUUUUUGUUGUUGAUUUCAUGUUUGAAUGUGAAAUGUGAAUCAUGAAAUGUUUAAAUGAUUAUAGGCUUUAUUUAUGAUCGAAAAUAAAAAUAGUUUUUACUACCACUAUCAA